UGCUGCAGGGGAGCAGGCUGUUCUAGUCGGGGAGACGUGUUCUCUCUCUCUGAAGGGACAAAGUCAAACAGACGGGGUGUAAGCUGGAAAUUGGAUUAAUGGCAGGCGAUGCAAUCGCCUAAGAGUAAUCAUGAAUUUCACGACGACGAGGUGAAUGGUUUACAACUGAGCAGACAUGCACUAGUUUACAACGUUGAGACGAAGUUAGCACUUUCGUGUUUCAAUUUUUUUUUCCACAUUUCGUUGACUGAUACUGAAAAGCGAUGCAGUAUGUCAUGUGACUUUCAGAAGGUAAAAAUUGUUUUCCAUUUCGCGAAAGAGAAACUUUAAGAAAUUGAUUAGGUGAUCUGCCAUGCUGAACAGACAUACGUUAUUGAGGUAAUAGAUUCGAGCAAAGAAAGUGUCCCUGACACUUUUUAGCUGGAUGCUGAACUGACCGCCUUGCGUCCUGCUACGGG